AGAUCAGUGCCGCAGUGCCAGUGCCAGUGGCUAGCCGGCCGUGUACCAUGUGUACCUGCUGUUGACACUGUCAGUGAAAUAGUUUGUCGAGUGAAGAACGACUUGUCCUACUGAUCUGAGCGAGUGUUCCUGCAGCCGUGUAAGCGUAACCAGCUUGUUUCUCUCUGUGGCCGUCAAGCGAGUGGAACCACUACCGUUCGGUGACCACUUGUGCUGCUGAUGCUCCAGCCAUAUCUUUGCAAACUCGCGCUGCGUUGUAGUUAAAAAGUUAGGGUGUAGUGUUGAUUGCGCUUAUCUGAGUGUUAUUCGGGCCAACUGUCUUCUUGGUCCGGACAUUUCCAGCAAUGUGCCUUGCCGCUGCUCCUGCUGCAGCCGUGCCCGUGCCGGCAGUGACACACGUCUUCCCCAUAGUUCUACAGCGGUGAAUAAUUACAGGCUCGCCAUUCCGGUCGUACCGCUGCUUGCUAUACUGUGCAGUUGUGGAGUCGUGGAGCUCGGCAGCCUGGGCGGUCGCCCAGUGUUUUGUCUGUCUUCAACCACCCACAGCUAACUGGCCGAAGACUAAAUAGGAAGGCGGCGCAGUUUGCAGGAGGUCGGUACGGAGGCGUUGCAAUGGCUCAGCCCGUACAACACCCGUUGCAUAUGCCUGUGGCCCCUGUGUUAGUGCUGCUGGUGUUGGUGAUGCACUGUGCUGUAUGCCCCAUUCCUGGCGUGCUUGGCCUGAAGACGCCCACAUUGGCAGUGGCGAAUGGCACACUCCGAUAUGUGGACCCAUUGUGCACGACAUUUCCAGCCACAGACGUUAUUCAGAGGAACACGCGUCUGAUCUACGACACAUCCCUAAGGUCAUUUCUUGUUUUCGUUGCCCCAAUUUGGACUGUAUUCAACUUGGGAUCAACAGACACUAAGCAAGCGUGGGGGCAUACUGGCGUGGUGUGCGAUCCUGGAUUCAUGGUAUGCCAUGAGAAUGUGGUGGGCGUGCAGCGCAUCAUUGUGUCACCCUACAUUGGCGAUAUGUCUGCGUUUGCCCCGACCGGCGGAGUGCGGGCACUGUCUGUGAGGCUGAUUUAUCGCAUGAGCUGUUCUUUCUCUCCCCCGUGUUCACAUAAUGUGGUCAAUGUGCUCGCGUGGCCGGUGGCGUCGAAUCAGACCAUCACUUCUGCAGCCUACGGCCGGUUCACCAAGUUUGCUGAAUUGAAUGCAACUGCCGCACAGUUCGGCUCACAGUUGAUGAACAGCCCACCUAUAAUGGAGACACUGUACUACCCUGUGCCGUUGAAGACCGGCGGUGUAUACCUGGCCUUCGAGACCAUAGGGGCGUGCAUCUCCAUCGAUCGGGUCGCGAUUUCCUACCACAUAUGCGUUGAAACGUUGUUCAGUUCAUCGAAGAUCGAGAUGCCGGAAACUGUUUCCCGCUCGGUAUCGCAGCGUGUUGUCGGCAGGUGUGACCCGUCGCAGUUCUUGCAGGCGGAUAGCAACGUUUCUGGUGGAGUGGUGUCUGCCGAGUGUACUCGCGAGGGCCACUGGAUUCUGGGGUCUGUCGUCGGUCGCUGCGUGUGUUUACCCGGCUUUGGCCGCACUGACCGCGCCGCGCUCUGUUUACCAUGCACGACGGGAAUGUACAAGGGCACACAGGGCGACGUGGCAUGUAGAGCAUGCCCGGCUAAGAGUGAUAGCGGCAAUCAAGCUCUAAGAUGUGGCUGUAUGAGUGGUUACUACCGCGACGAAACCAGUGGUGCUCCGAACUUUGACGACCCGUGCCAAGAACCACCACGUCAACUGGACACAGCGCAGCUCGCCACUGACAACGUAACAGCGCGUUCACUGGAGAUAAGUUGGUCCAGCACAACGAUGGAUGGCGGACGGUCGGACGUCACCUACGAAGUCUUGUACAGAGAAUCCGAGAACGAUGCACCGUGGAUGGAAUUGGCCAGUAGCAUAGGGUCCCCUUCGCUGUCUGCAUCCAUUACUGGUCUCAAGCCAUUCACAAACUACACCGUCAGAGUGUUUGUGCGUAAUGGUGUGUCAGAUGAGGCUGGCCUGAACAGCAGCUUUGUUGGGACAUCUGUUGUGCUUCUAACCGGAGAAGCAGCUCCUGGCCUGCCCAGGGAUGUCAUGCUCACGCAGCUGGCACGCGGCAUCCGUGUGGUAUUUUCCCCGCCUGCUGAACCGAACGGAAUCAUCCGUGGCUACAUGGUUGUUCUGCGAGAGGUCGGCGGUACUCACAACUACAAUCGCAAUGUGUCGGGCAACGCUCAGUGGGCGGAUUUCCUCAACUUGACCGAUACCGCCAUUUCGUACAGAGCGGAGGUGGGUGCGUACACGGUUGCUGGCUUUGGGAGAUUUGGUGUGAGCGUUAACAGUGCGACUCCAGGAGAGGCGGACUUCACGCCAUCGCCAACCGGCCUGACCACCGCACCACUUGCAUCAACACCACCUUCCUCGUCCACAUUGGACUUGAGCGUUGUGGUGGGCGCUGUUUGUGGAGGUAUCAUCUUCGUCGUCUUCUGUUUGAUCAUCAUCAUUGCGAUCGUCUACCAUAAACGUAGACCGGCGUCGCGGUACGUUGUGAAGGUCUCUCGCAGCUCCAGUUCGGGAGUGGAAGGUGGCAGCGCAUCUAUCCUGCGCCACCGUACUCUUUCGUUGCGAAGCACUGACACGAGUAACUACACACCCCCUACCGGUCCUACCUCACAGCUCUCUCCCACACCCAGCAAUCGACAAUUUGUUGAUCCGACCAUCUACCAUGAUGUUACUCAAGCUCUGAAUGACUUCACGCAGGAGGUCAAUCCUAACUUUGUCGUCCUGAAGAAACCCAUUGGAGAAGGAGAGUUUGCUCACGUUCACCGUGGCGAGUUGAAGAUACCUGGCAAGGGUUCGAAGCCAGUGGCUGUCAAAGUCUUGAAGAGUGGAGCUGAUCACAACGUCAAGAAGGAUUUCCUGAUGGAGGCGUGCAUCUUAGGCCAGUUCCAGUGUCCUAACAUCAUAGCCCUAAUGGGCAUCUGCUCUAAGGAUAGAACUCGUCCUGCUAUGAUUCUAACGGAGUUCAUGGAAAACGGGUCACUUGAUCAUUACUUGCAGUUGCAGACAAAUGAGAAUAAUUUGAAGCCCAAAGAACUGGUGGCAAUGGCCAGGGACGCAGCGCGUGGUAUGGAGUAUCUCAGUAAUAUGAACUUUAUCCACCGGGACUUGGCUGCUCGGAACAUCCUCGUCUCCAAGACGCGCGAGUGCAAGGUCUCCGACUUUGGUUUGUCCCGGGAAGCAGAUGACGACAAUGCUUAUGAAGUGAAGCAUGGAGGCAAGUUGCCGAUUCGCUGGACAGCGCCAGAGGCCAUCCAGUUCCGCAAGUUCACGACCGCAUCGGAUGUGUGGAGCUUUGGCAUUCUUUUGUGGGAAAUCAUGUCCUAUGGAGAACGGCCGUAUUGGGAUUGGGGAAACUCCAAGGUUAUGGACGCUAUCACGCAGCACAAGUAUCGCCUCCCACCGCCAUCGGGGUGUCCGACAAUAGUGCACGCUCUCAUGCUGGAGUGCUGGAACAAAGACCGCACGCAGCGACCUACCUUUCCACAGAUCCGCACCAAGAUUGAGCGUCUCCUCGAAGGCCAGCUGCAGGUGGAGAAUGUGCACACAGCUAACGUUAGCCACGAUGCUCCCAUUUCUCCGUACUCGACCAUAGAAGAUUGGUUAAAGCACUUACUGCUGUCGCAGUAUGCGGAGAGCUUUGCUUCACUGGGAUAUGCUCAGGUAUCUCAGUGCCAAGAAGUUGGUGUUGAAGACCUGGAAAUGCUUGGAGUCGUAUCUCCUGCGCACCAGCGCAAGAUUCUCAACAGCCUUGCCGCAAUGCGAGGUGAUUACUCUGCCAUGGCCGCUCAGUAGGUAUUUCCAACUGGCAAUGCCGGGCACACAUCUACAUGAUUGUAUGCUAGGUGUCAUUGUAGACUUUGUCGCCUUCCAUCUUGUGUACCUUGCAUCAAAGCGAGCGUAGCUCAACGUCUUGCUAAACGAGCGGGACUUGCUGCAGAACGUUGUUUCCUGCUCGCACUGGCGCAGGUUGUGUUGUGUCUGCUGUGCUUGGCCGAGCGAUGGCCGUUACGUCGAAUGUGACACGCCCGCGAGCUGUUGCUGCUGCUGCUGUUGCGGCCAAACAUGUCCGAGCCACGCCAUGUAAGUGCGUUGUGCAGUUGGUAUGUCCCUUUCACACAUGGGACCUGUUCUGGUGAACAGUCAAGAUCACUUACACUUACAGGUCACGCCAUAUGACUUAGCCACCGUCCAUGUGACUUAGCCACCGUUCAUGCCUAAACUACGCAUGUGCAUGUACAUCAGGGACUCCAUCAUAAUAAUUAUUGUAAUGAUGUUUGCCACUGCCGCGUUGCAUUUGUCAAUUGUUAUGCUCAUGAAUUGUAACAAAUAUAAUUAUACCGGUAUCUAUAGUCCUGAAUUUUACCUUUCCGUUUGAUGAUGAUGAUGGUUGCAGACUCAUUGAUGCUCAACUUACUCAUAGGUAGGAUUGCUUUUUAAUUUUAUGUGGCUGGUGAUGUUUUUCGUACCUUUGCGCCCGCUCGUUUCUGAUUUUUUCUCUUUUCAAACUGUGCUUUCGUGCCCGUUUGCUUCCAUCCUUUUUCUCUUUUCAAAUUUUGCCGUCACCAACUUUGAGCUUGAGAGAUUAUUACAGAGUA